AUGAAUAUUUUCAUUCUUUUUAGCAUCACAUUAACAUGUAUUUUUCUACAAAAUGUAGUUUUAGAUGCAAAUUCUCUCUCAUAUGAAGCUUUCUUCAACUUUGGUGAUUCUAUAAGUGACACUGGAAAUGCUGCGACUACAUUUCCACCUAUGUCUAGCAAUAGUUCUUACGGUUCAACUUACUUUAAACAUCCAUCAGGGCGUUUGUCAAACGGACGUCUUAUCAUAGAUUUCAUUGCUGAGGCAUAUGGAUUGCCAUUUUUGUCACCCUACCUCAAUAUUAGCAAAGACCAAGAUAUUAAGAAAGGAGUAAAUUUUGCAUUUGCUGGUGCCACCGCACUUGAUGUUGAAUAUUAUGUCCAAAAUGAGCUUCCCGUUCCAGACACAAUUAACUCAUUGAAAGUUCAACUUGGAUGGUUUAAGAAACUUAAACCCACCCUAUGUGAAAGCAAAGAAGAUUGCAAUGCCUACUUCAAGAAAUCAUUGUUUAUAGUCGGUGAAAUUGGUGGGAACGAUGUUUUCAAACACAUGGUGAAGCAUAAAACUGCUAUAGAAAUUCGAGAAAUAGUUCCCUCUAUAGUUGAAGCAAUUAUUAACACCACAAAUGUGUUAAUUGAAGAAGGAGUUGUGGAGUUAGCCGUUCCAGGGAACUUUCCAUUGGGGUGUAAUGCUGGCGUAUUGACAUCUAUGAAUAGUAAAAAGAAAGAAGACUAUGAUGAAUUUUGGUGUUUGAUUGCUUACAAUAAUUUAGUCGAGUAUUUUAAUGAGCAACUAAAAAAUUCUUUAGAAACUCUGAGGCAUAAAUACCCUGAAGUUAAGAUAAUAUACUUUGACUACUACAAUGAUGCCAAACGUUUAUAUCAAAACCCAAAAGAAUAUGGCUUUAUUCGUAGUGAUAUCGUCAAAGUAUGUUGUGGUGGAGGAGGAGGAGGACCAUGUGGAACACCUACUGCAAGAGUUUGCUCCGACCCUUCAAAACGUAUAAAUUGGGACGGACCUCAUUUAACUGAAGCAGCUUAUAAGCUAAUAGCAAAAGGACUAGUCGAGGGUCCAUUUUCAAAUCCAUCUCUUAAACCCUCUCUUUUCAAGAUAGCUUAG